GUGAUUGGCUAGAGUCAUUUGCAGCGUGGUUUGCUGUAUACGGUACCCGUGUAAGCUUAUACAGCGUUAGUGGUCCAUGCAGCAAAUGUUGUUCCGUUUUGGAGUGGUCAUCACUCUGACCCACACAGACACAGAGCUCAUGGUACUUGGAUCACGUUUGGAAAUGGGGGCUUGGGACCCCCAGGGUGCCAUACCAAUGAAACCUACACGUUGCCCGUUGUCCACUACAGAACCAUCACUAUGGGUUGGCGAGGUUCUUUUGGAGGAACCCUACAGAGAUAAUUUCUGGUUUAAGUUUAUCAAGAAGGAGGCUGGAAACCUUAUAUGGGAAGGGAAUGGGCCUCAUCAUGACCGCUGCUGUGUUUACAAUGAGAGCAACAUAGUGGAUGGGGUUUAUUGCUUUUCAGUUGGACACUGGAUUGAAUCCACUGGCCACACAAAUGAGAUGAAACACACGACUGAUUUCUACUUCCACGUUGCUGAUAACCAAGCAAUGCACUUCUCCAGGAUCCUACCCAAUAUCUGGCUGGGAAGUUGCCCCCGACAGUUGGAGCACGUGACUAUAAAGAUGAAAUAUGAGUUGGGAAUAACAGCUGUGAUGAAUUUCCAGACAGAAUGGGACAUCAUCCAGAACUCCUGGGGCUGCAACCAGUAUCCAGAACCAAUGAGCCCUGAAACAAUGUUCCGGUUGUAUAAAGACAUUGACCUGGCAUACAUAUGGAUCCCUACUCCUGAUAUGAGUACUGAAGGCAGAAUACGGAUGUUACCACAAGCGGUUUACCUCCUGUUUGGACUUUUAGAAAACGGACACACUGUUUAUGUUCAUUGUAAUGCAGGUGUUGGACGUUCUACAGCUGCAGUGUGUGGUUUUCUCAUGUACGUGAUUGGUUGGAGUCUCCGGAAAGUGCAAUAUUUUCUUGCUUCACGAAGACCUGCUGUCUACAUAGACGAAGAGGCUAUGAUAAAGGCAGAGGAAGAAUUUCACCAAAAGUUUGGUCAUCUUCGUUCCACUGUGUGUAGAAUAUAGUUAACUGUUUUAUGGACUUUGGAAUAAAAUAUUCUGUAGCAAGCA